CCUCAGAGCGGCGUUUCCGGCGCGGCCGCUGUGACGCGGCGGCGGCGCCGGGGCGGUGCGGCGGGCGGGCAGGGCGGGCGGUGGGAGAUGGCGGAGUACCUGGCCUCCAUCUUCGGCACCGAGAAGGACAAAGUCAACUGUUCAUUUUAUUUCAAAAUUGGAGCUUGUCGCCAUGGAGACAGAUGUUCUCGAUUGCACAACAAACCAACAUUUAGCCAGACCAUUGCCCUCUUGAACAUUUACCGUAACCCUCAAAACUCUUCCCAGUCUGCUGACGGUUUGCGCUGUGCUGUGAGCGAUGUUGAGAUGCAGGAACAUUAUGAUGAAUUCUUUGAGGAGGUCUUCACAGAAAUGGAGGAGAAAUACGGUGAAGUUGAGGAGAUGAACGUGUGCGAUAACCUUGGAGAUCAUCUAGUUGGAAAUGUAUACGUAAAGUUUCGCCGUGAAGAAGAUGCAGAAAAGGCUGUGAUUGACCUGAACAAUCGCUGGUUCAAUGGGCAGCCCAUCCAUGCCGAGCUCUCGCCUGUGACUGACUUCAGAGAGGCCUGUUGCCGUCAAUAUGAAAUGGGAGAGUGUACACGAGGAGGUUUCUGCAACUUCAUGCAUUUGAAGCCCAUCUCUCGAGAGUUAAGACGUGAGUUGUACGGGCGUCGUCGUAAAAAGCAUCGAUCCAGGUCGAGGUCCCGCGAACGCCGGUCUAGAUCCAGAGAUCGCGGCCGUGGCGGCGGCGGCGGCGGAGGAGGAGGCCGUGAGCGCGACAGGAGGCGGUCAAGAGACCGCGAAAGAUCCGGUCGAUUCUGAGCCAUGCCAUUUUUACCGUAUGUCUGCUAGAAAGUGUUGUAGUUUGACCAAACAAAGUUCAUAAUGACAUUUUUUUUAAAAGAUGGGCUUCUGAAUAAAAAAAAUUUGUAGUGAUACAGUAUUCUUUGUGUAACUUGUUUCUUGUUGGGGGGAGUCUUUUUAACUGUCAUUCCUCUAUCUUGACAAAUACCUGGAUUAACUCUGCCUGAGGAAAAGGUGGUAAAUGUGUUGGAGGAGCGCCGGUUUUGGUUUGGAUUUUUCUUUUUUUUUUUUUUUUGAUUAUUUGGGUAUAAUUUGAACUGUUGAUGAAAAUGUAUGUGUAUAUAAUAUAAAAUAUAUUAUAUACAUAGUAAAAAUAAUAUACUGCUUAAGAAACAGUUACUCACAAAGUUUCCCUUUUCUGCUAUGCUGUCUGCUUAUUUAGGUUAGUUUAGGCACAUUUAAGAGGAAGGCUGUGCAAAACGCAUUUAUUUACCGAGUAGAAACGCUUAGUUACAAAAAUGUAUGUUUGUUUGUUACCAAAAGUCUGUGCUCUGUCUAUCAAUGUGACUGUGGCAUUUAAAAUAAAUCCAAUUUCUUGGUGUAAAAUCUAAAGCCUAUUUUCUAAGCACUCCGGAGUAGUUGAGUUGCUACUCCUGGCUGCCUAUUUUCUAAGCACUCUGGAGUAGCUGAGUGGCUGUUCCCAGCUGUGCCAGAGUUCAUAGUUCAGGUUUUUAUAAUUCUUGACUAAAUUCCGUGUCUUUGGCUGGAAAGUUGCCUAGCAUAGCGUGGAAAACAAAAGUAAUAUUUUUAUUGCAAUGAUUCAUAAUAGGCAGGUGAGAGUUUAGUGAAAAAAAACCACCAAAAUUCUGCUCCAUGCAACAUGAUACAGAAGUGCUAUUGAAGGAAAUGCAAGGUCCUAAAUACAAGGAUCGAAUUUCUUAACUGAUUGAUUUUUUUUUUUUCCUAAUCUAUGCUCUCUUACCUGUCAUUUAUUGAAAAGCAUUUUGUAAGUGUUCAAGGUCAUAGGAAACUAACUGGAUGCUAGUGGAAAAUAAAUCUUUUCUUCCACCUUUACUUGCUUUCUGAUAGUCUGGAGUGUGAUAAAAGCUAAUGGACAGAUGUCAGUUUCUUCACAAGUUCGUAUUUCUUUUUCUGACCUUGAAUUGCGCAAUCACUGAACAUCACAGGUUGUGUCUCAAAGCGUUAAAGCUCCAGUGGAAGUGUUGGAACAUCUUGAGAGACAGUUUGUACAAUGGCUGAGUUGCAGUUUCACCUCGUUCAUGUCUGCUGUUAUUCAAAGUGUAACAUAGCAAGAACUUCUGGUCAGCGAUCAUAUUUCUGCAAGAUAUAACUUUAUGUGCACAAAGCUGUGUGAUAACGAUACAGUUUUCCAGUGGGGAAAAGAAUUUGUUAGAGCUUUAUUAGUUCUGAGCCAGAUAACUUGCUAAAUGAUGAAUCUGCAACUUGAUGAUUAUUAAAUAAAAAAAAAAAGGAAAUAGAAGAGCUAUAGAUUCAUCACAUAGAGGCAAAGAGAAGCUGGUUUGUUAAUAUAAGUAUAAAACCAUUUUGCUCACUGGAACUUGGAAAACUAAAUAACAUUGAUAAACAAGCUUUUCUAAAUGAAUCUGCUUUGCUUCUUACAACUCAAUUCUUGCACAGGUUCAGUUUGAAUUUAUUUUGUUUCCACUGGAUGGUUUGGCCAAUGACACUGUGGAACUUAAGUUUGCCAGGACCCUUUCUGGAGAAAUACCACUCAAGCAGUUGAAGCUUGACAUCUCCACGUGAUGUUUUGUUAAGCCUAUAAAGGAAAUGAUGCUUUCUUUUUACUGCAAGAAAUUGAACAGUGCCUGGCAUUAAAUGGCUGAACUGAAAUGUAUUUCUCCUAGGCAUUAGAAAUUUCACAUUGAUAAUUUAGUUCUUGCAGUUUACAGGAUAUUAAUCCUGUUCCAUUUUUUUUUCUUGGCGUGGGAUUCAGCAUCAUUAGUGAGCUAAUUUAAAUCUUAAACUCCAAAAGGUGAGGAUAGUCUUUCUAUUUUGUUUUUCUUCAAACAGUGUCUAAUACAAUGUGGAUGCUGUUUAAAAGGUUUAAGAUAAUUUCUACACAGAGUAAUGACACAAAGUGAUUCGCCCUAUAAACAAGUUAGUUUAAAACAAUACACAUGCGUUCCUGUAAUGGCUUUAAUCUGUUUAUCUAAAUCCUGUUAGUCUGCAGGUAUAUUUUUGCAUGAACAGAUAGUGGAAGUUUGAUUUCUCUCUUUUCCCCAAUACAAUUUUACUUAAGAAAGCACUCUUGAAUUCCACCAAAUGUGUAAUUAUAUGGUCUGAUUGCAUGGCUGCCCAAAAAUUAACAAUAUAACUGGAAUACAUCAGGAUGGGCACUGAAAGCUGUGGAUUUUACUGGAUAUUCUAAUGGGUGCCUAGUGACAGCAUUCAGCAUAUAAACUAAGCUCAUGACAUAUCUUGUUAGGUUCACAUUUUAAGACUGUACUACCAGCAAAGUUCAUAAAAUUUGAAAUUUAAACUGCUCCAAUUUGGUUAAACAUUUAUAUGUGAUAGUCCCACAAGUGGAAAUUCUACCUCCCCCUUCUCUUGUUGCUCACAAUGUCUUUUAAGAUUUAUUUUUUCCCCUCCUCCCCAAGGUACCUACUUUCCAAAUAUUUCAUUGUUGACUCUUCUGUUGAACAGUGAAUCUUAAUUUAUGGAAUUCCUUUACCUCAAAUAAGGGACAGCAUACAGGAUUUUCUGAAGUCUGAGUCAAUUAGGUUGAAACUGUUCAUCCCAAGUGGCUUCCUCUUCUUUGUAUUUGGCUCUUAUUCUGUGAAAAUGCUGCUUGUCCAUGAAUAUGAUGUAUGUUGAGACUGUAAAACCAAAUGGAGAAAACUUGUUCAAAAUAAAGCCUUUUUUUUAUAAGA